AAUUCCCUGUGGCGCGGGCCGAUGACUAGAAAGACAGACAGACGGCCUCAGCGGCUCCUCAGGCUGCCAGAAGCCGGGUGCUGUAAGGCUAUGUUUCGCAGAGUGCUGCGUCUUGGCUUGGGCCCGGUCCUCCCAAACCGGGGGCUACGCACACGCAGAGGAGGCUUUACUCUGGACUGGGAUGCAAAAGUGUCUGAGUUUAAGAAGAAGAUUGAUUCCAUCCUGCCUGGAAAGCAAUUGGAAAUGAUGUAUGACACCAGCCACCUGCCCCCAGAACAGUCAGAUGUGGUCAUCAUAGGAGGCGGGAUCCUUGGUCUGUCUGUGGCCUUUUGGCUGAAGAAGCUGGAGAGUAGAAGAGAUGCCAUUCGGGUGCUGGUGGUGGAACAGGACCACACGUAUUCACGAGCUUCCUCCACGGGGCCUUCCGUGGGUGGGAUUUGGCAGCAGUUUUCUAUGCCUGAGAAUGUCCAACUGUCCCUCUUUUCAAUCAACUUUCUACGGAACAUAAAUGAGUACUUGGCUGUGGUAGAUGCCCCUCCUGUGGACCUUCGGUUCAACCCCUCAGGCUGUCUCUUGCUAGCUUCAGAAAAGGAUGCUGCCACCUUGGAAAACAAUGUGAAAAUGCAAAGGGAGGAAGGAGCCAAAGUCUGUCUGAUGUCUCCUGAGCAGCUGAAGAACAAGUUUCCCUGGAUAAAUGUGGAAGGAGUGGCUCUGGCAUCUUAUGGGUUGGAGGACGAAGGUUGGUUUGAUGCCUGGUCUCUGCUCCAUGGUCUUCGUCGAAAGGUCCAGUCAAUGGGAGUCUUUUUCUGUCAAGGAGAGGUGACGCGUUUCAUCACUUCAUCUAACCAAGCAGAGACCCCAAGUGGGGAAAAGGUAGUCUUGAGAAGGAUCCACAAUGUCCAUGUGAAAAUGGACAAGAGCCUGGAGUAUCAGCCAGUGGAGUGUGCUGUAGUGAUCAAUGCUGCAGGAGCCUGGUCUGGGAAAAUUGCAGAGCUGGCUGGUAUUGGGAAGGGACUUCCUGGUACCCUCCAGGGCACCAAGCUACCUGUAGAGCCAAGGAAAAGGUAUGUGCACUUAUGGCACUGCCCGCAGGGACCAGGUCUGGAGACACCCUUGGUUGCAGACAUCAAUGGAGUCUAUUUCCGACGGGAAGGAUUGGGCUGCAACUAUCUAGGUGGCUGUAGCCCUACUGAGGAGGAAGAACCAGACCCAGCAAAUUUGGAAGUGGACCAUGAUUUCUUCCAGAACAAAGUGUGGCCCCAUUUGGUCCAAAGGGUGCCAUCUUUUAAGAAUCUGAAGGUACAGAGUGCCUGGGCUGGCUAUUGUGACUACAACACUUUUGAUCAGAAUGGCGUGGUGGGCGCCCACCCACUAGUGGUCAACAUGUAUUUUGCUACGGGCUUCAGUGGUCGUGGGCUACAGCAUGCACCUGGCAUCGGUCGAGCUGUGGCAGAAGUGAUACUAGAGGGCCACUUCAAGACCAUCAACAUGAGCUCCUUCCUCUUCAACCGCUUUUACUUAGGAGAGAAGUUACAGGAAUAUAGUAUCCUCUGAAUGUGACAACUCUUCUCUGGGCCUCACCAGCCCAGGCAUCACCCUGUCUCACAUUGGCUAUGGUCACUGCCCAAGCCUCCCCAUGACUAUGCCAGAGCUACAGCCCUUUCCUCACCAUCCUUUAAGCAGGGCCACUCUUCCUCAGUGUCUCUGGACAUGGAAUGAGCAUAGGCACAGAGACCCAGGCCAAUGGAAGGGCAUGAAGUGGGACCCUAGGACUGAUUGUAGCCUAGGCUGAUGCCACUAUCCAAAACAGUUUAGCUGGCAUCCUGGGCAUGGGGCCCAGGACUGGCCUCCUUCCUGGUGCUGAUACAGAGAAAUGAGUCUCUGACCUUCUGGCUAGAGCCAAGGCACAGAGCAUUCUAGGACAGCCUGGCCCAAAUUCAUUGACUUGUCUAUUAAUCUUCAAUCAAUAUAUGUGAUUAACCCCUUCA